AUGGUCGGCGCCUCAGCAUCCGGCAAGUCCACCUUUGCCAGGCAGCACUUCCUGCCCACCGAGGUCAUCUCUUCCGACCUCUGCCGCGCCAUGGUCUCAGACGACGCCCAAAACCAGGCCGCCAGCAAGGACGCCUUCGAAGUGCUGCACCACGUCGCCCGGCGUGAGCUGCGAAGGGUCGGGGACUCAUACACGGGCGUCGUGGACGCCACGUCGAUUCAGCCCGAGGACCGCAAGGGCCUGGUCCAGAUCGCCCGGGAACACGACUGUCCCGCCGUGGCAGUCGUCCUGGACAUGCCGCUCAACGUCUGCCUGGAACGCAACCAAAAGCGUGAGGACCACCACCCCCACGACCCGAUGAUCCGGAACCAGCACGGGCUGCUGCGCCGGCAACUGAAACAUCUCAAGCGGGACGGCUUUCACAAGGUCUAUACGAUCAGCUCUCCUGAAGAAGCCGGCGCCGCGGUGGUCGAGAGAAUCCCCCUGUGGACUGACCGCUUCGACGAGCAUGGACCCUUCGACAUCAUCGGCGACGUUCACGGCUGCUACGAUGAGCUGACCGCCCUCAUGGAGAAGCUCGGCUAUCACGUGGACCGGGAAAAGCACACCGCCCGGCAUCCCGAAGGACGCAAGAUCAUCUUCGUCGGCGACCUGGUAGACCGGGGUCCCGGCUCGGACCGGGUCCUGGCCAUGAACAUCGUCCAAGGCCUCAAGGCCCACUGCGUGGUCGGUAACCACGAGGAUAAGUUGCUGCGCAAACUGCGCGGCCGCGACGUAAAGGUGUCCCACGGGCUGGCCAGUACCCUGGAACAGCUCGACGCCAGGGACGAAGAAUUUCGCCAGAACGUGGAGGAAUUCCUGAACUGGCUUCCCCAUCACCUGCGCCUGGACGACGGCAACCUGGUGGUGGCCCACGCCGGCAUCAAGCAGGAAUACCAGGGCCGAACCUCCCGCCGGGUACGCGGGUUCUGCCUCUACGGCGAGACAACCGGCGAAAGCGACGAGUACGGCCUGCCGGUACGCGCCAACUGGGCCGCCGACUACCGGGGAGAACCCGCCGUGGUCUACGGCCACACCCCCGUCCUGCAACCGGUCUGGCUCAACAACACGAUCAACAUCGAUACCGGCGCCGUCUUCGGCGGCAAGCUCACCGCGCUACGCUAUCCGGAACGGGAACUGGUUUCCGUGCCCGCAGGGCAGUCCUACUACGAGCCGGCCAAGCCCAUCCAGCCAGCCCACGCCGCCAUGGGCAACAGCCGCCCGGCGCAUCUCCUCGACGUAAACGACGUCACCGGCAAGCAGAUCAUCUCCACCACGCUGGACGGCAACAUCACGAUCCGGGAGAAAAACACGGCCGCUGCCCUGGAAGUCAUGAGCCGCUACGCGUUCGACCCCAGGCUCCUUGCAUAUAUCCCGCCGACCAUAUCGCCCUGUGAGACCUCUCGCCGGGAAGGCUACCUGGAACAUCCGGACGAGGCCCUGCCCUAUUACCGUGAGAACGGCGUUACCCAGAUUAUCUGCGAGGAAAAGCACAUGGGCUACCGGGGAAUCAUCCUGGCGACCCGCGACGAUGCUAUCGUCGCCGAGCGCUUCGGCAUCGAGGGCUAUCCGCUGGGAGCCUGCUAUUCCCGCACCGGACGCGGCUUCUUCAUCGACCCGGAAAUGGGACGCCAGUUUCUGACCCGGACCCGUGAGGCACUGCAAAAAGCCGGUAUCUGGGACGAGCUGGAUACCCGCUGGCUGAUUCUCGACGCUGAGAUCAUGCCCUGGUCCUACAAGGCCCACCGGCUGAUCCGGAGCCAAUACGCCGCGGUCGGCGCCGCCGCGCAGAACAGCCUGGGAGCCGAGAUAGAUCUGCUCCGGCAAACCACCGGCCGUGGCCUCGACACCGGCACGGCGCUGGACACCGCCCUGGAAAAUGCCCAAAGCCGCCUCGUCACGAUCGAACGCUACCGGCAGGCCUACGCCAACUACUGCUGGCCGGUGAAUUCGAUAAACGACGUCAAGCUGGCGCCCUUUCACGUCCUCGCCAGCGAGGGCAAGGCACAUACGGACGAGGACCACGGCUGGCACAUGACGGUGGGCUCACGCCUGGCUCAGGCUGACCCCCUGCUCUUCAAGGCGACCGAUUACCGGCGGCUGGACCUUGAGGUCGGCAACCCGGAUGAGAUAAUCAGCUGGUGGGAGCAGAUGACCAAAGACGGCGGCGAGGGCAUGGUCGUGAAGCCGCUGGCCUUUGUACCCAGAAACCCCGAGGGUCGCUUGGUCCAGCCCGCGGUCAAGUGUCGCGGCAAAGAGUAUCUCCGGAUCAUCUACGGCCCGGAGUACGACCGCCCCGACCAGCUGGGCCGGCUACGCCGCCGCAGCCUGAAUACCAAGCGGGCCCUCGCCAUCAGGGAGUUCGCGCUGGGACUCGAGGGCCUGGACCGGUUCGUGAACCAAGAACCGCUCUACCGUGUCCACCAGUGCGCCUUCGCGGUGCUGGCGCUGGAGAGCGAGCCGGUGGACCAACGCCUGUAA